AUGCUUUUACGUCUUAUAUAUCUUUCGUUAUUUAUAAGUUUUAUUUACUCAGAAUCGUGUCGAGAAAAUGACUUGCAAAUAAAAAGCACAAGUUGUGAUACCUCUGGAAAUAGAUGGCUUUUCAAAAUACCAAAAGAUGAUAGAACAUGUGACAUAAACGACUUGAGUUUACCAAGAAAAGUAGAUAAUUGUGAAAUAACUUGUCCAAGUGGAAUGCAUCUUAAUUUGUUGUCAGAGAACUGUGAGGUCUGUCCAUCCGGAACGUAUUCAACAGGUGAUAUGCUUGAAGUAACAAAAUGGGAUUCGAUGCCAGAUUUUCUGACCUCUGAUACAACUUAUGGCAGUUUAUCUAAUGUAAAAUGCAACUUAACUGGUUGGUCACCUCAAGGUAAACACUUGGUUGGAAAAACCACAGACAGUUGCACCGUGAUACUUUCAAUGAAAGUUUAUAACCUUAAGCCUGGAACAAUAACGUUUACAUAUCAAAUUCAAGAAUAUGGAGGAUUGGCUUUCUUUAUUAUAAGAAAUGAGCGAUGUACACAAUUACCUGGUGGGAGUUUUCUUCUAGGUCUUACCGGAUCGUAUGCAUAUGAGACUGUAACUUUCAGCGUUCCAGUUGGUCAUAAUAUUCUUCAAUGGUAUUUACUUGUUGAAAAUGUUUAUAUACAACGAUUAUAUGGAUUAAAAGAUCCUGAAUUACAUAUUAAAGAAAUUCGUGUAACUGGAACUCCACCAGUGACUGCAUGUACUCCAUGUGCAGCUGGUAGUUUUGGACCUAAGGAAAAAGCUGAUCAUUGUGAGUUAUGUCCAAGAGAUACAUAUUCAGCUGAAGGAGCUAAAUCAUGUCAAUCAUGUCCAGCAGAUCAGUAUUCAGGUAAUGGAUCUUCAAGUUGUAGUCCACGUCCUCCAUGUAAGAAAGAUGAUUAUACAAGUUAUUGGACAUCAUGUGAUCAACAAGAAAUGACACAACGUAAAUGGAAAUGGAUUGAACCAAAAAUAUGUGAUGAAAAUAGUGGUGUUUCUUUACCAGAAUCAGAGAGUCCAGUACAUUGUCAUAAGUGUCCAACUGGUACAUUUCCAUUAGAUGGUAAUACAUGUGAAUUAUGCUCAAUUGGUAUGAAGAAACAUUUGUCAAAUUUAGAAACUUGUGUUACAUGUCCAACUAAUGAAGUUCCAAUGUAUGGUUUACGUUUUGAUAACUGGUAUCGUAUGCCUUCUAUACUGAAAUUGGAUUGUUUCAAUUUCUUUGGGACGAAAUGUAAUACAUGGGAACGUGAUCUAACAUUAUUACGUGGUGGAGUUGGCAUGCAUUCAGAUGAAUCGGCAAUAUUGGAACUACCAAUUAAAGAUGGUUUUAUUACAGCAUCAACACUUGAUUCAACUGAUGAGUAUUCUUUUUAUUUUCAACCACCUAUUUCUAAUACAUUUGUACGUAUUGAAUUCAAAUUAGAUUGUAUUGGUAGAUGUCAGUUUUCUAUGAAACAAGUUUUUGACGCCGGUAAUGAAAAAACAAUUGCUAUCUGGGGUGGAUCAUCAAACCGAAUAAAUUACACGUAUCAUAUAAAAGAUGCAAGUGAAAUCAAAUUUAAGUGGAUUUUUGAAAAACCAUCUUCACCAAUUCACAUACAAGAUCAUGUAAAUAUUUAUCAAAUUGAAGUAACCAAUGUGAAAAAUGAUAAUACUAUUGGAUGUCAAACAUGUGUUCAAGGAAUAGUCGAUGGAAAAUGUAAAACUUGUCCAUCUGGUCUGUAUUAUUCAAUACAAUAUGAUGAAAUUAAUAAAACAAAUGUUAUCAAUUGUACAAAAUGUCCAAACAAUUCCAUUGUAGUUGGUGAUGCAUCUAGUUUACAUACAGUUACAGAAGCAUGUCAUUUAUGUGAACCAGGUACAAUUGCAGUGAAUCAUAGUAUAUGUGUGACUGAUACACAACCAAUUACAGCGUCUGGUUUUCAAUAUAAUUUAACUGAUGUGAUUGACAGAGUUCAUCAUGUCUCCAGUGCAAAAAUGUUUACUCCAUCAGGAACAGGUUACUAUCACGAAUUUCUUAUAAGUAUGGCAUAUGGUAAAACAGUCCAAUGUAUAGAAAAUUCUUCAAUUUAUGAUCAACAUACUGUGAAUGCUUCAAUUUGUCGACACACGAGAUUUGAGGCGUCCAAUCCAAAGCGUACAAAAACAUAUUCAAAGCCAACAAGACUAGCUGAUCGUCUUGUUCGUAUGGUGCCCAGUAAUGUGACACUCGACUUUUGGCAAGAAGUAAACAAGAAUUUGACAAAAGCAGGUUGGAUGGAAGACAAAUAUGGUAACGAUUUACAUUAUAUCUUUGCUUCUGAUGAUCAUAGUUCCAAUUGUCCUCAUGGACGAACUACAGUCAUCACAUUACGAUGUGUAUUCACUCAGAAUUUCGAAACAUACAUGUAUCAAAUAAAAGAUUUCAGUGAAUAUAUAACUGGUAAAAUUGAAUUACCACCAUUGUGUCCAGAUGGUACUUGUGAUGGAUGUACUUAUCAUUUUCUAUGGACUUCAAUGUAUGGUUGUCGUAUGUGUCAAGAAGAUGAUUAUGAAAAAAUUCUUGGUGAAUGUAGUUAUGGUCACAGACAGGUUCAUCUUCGUGCUCCAUGGGAAUGUCGAGUUCCACAGGACAGAAAUCUUACUCUCAUUGAACGUUGUCCACUCCUGUCUAGAUCUCAAACAGCUGCAGUUCUAUUGACUUUAAUUAUUUUAAUUAUUUUGGGAUUGAUCAUCUUCAUGUGUCAUCGUCGAAAUAAAAAACUAGAAUAUAAAUACAUGAAACUUGUUCAAAGUACGUCAGGGAAAAAUCAAGUAACUAGUUGUGCAUUAGAAGGUGAUGGUGAUAUGGAUAAAGGUGGAAGUAUAUAUUACACUACAAUGAAUAAUAAUAACAGUGACAGUUAUAAUAAAACACGAAUUAAAUCACCUCCAAGUUAUGCUGAUUCAACUGGAGUCGUAUUAGAACCAAAUGAAUUUUUGAAAAAUGAUCAUUUCACACAAAUGGGAUUUAAGGGAUUGCCUAAAGUGAAUCUUCCACCGAUUAUCUACAAGGCUAAAUCCGAUACAGACCGUGACAUUCUUACAGAGAAUGAUCAUGUUCUAUGA